ACAUACUGUUGGAAAUGAGAAAGGAAGGAAAUAAGUGGUUAGCUUUAUCUGGAACUGCUGGUUCUCAUACUCUUUAGCAACAAUGGCCAUGCUUGCUUCCUCUUCACCUACCUUGCUCUUCACUUCAACCUCUUCCAAUCUCCUCCCACUUUCACAUUCUUGUACUUUGCGCCUUUCUUUCUCUUCUUCACUCCAAUCCACCUCUCUCUCAAUCUCCUCUACCUUUCUAUCACACCCUUCUUUAACUUCUAAACGUUUAGCUAAUCAUGCUACUUUAAGCAUCAGUGCAAGUGCUGCAGAGAAGAAGAAGGUGCUAAUCAUAAAUACCAAUAGUGGUGGACAUGCUGUGAUUGGCUUCUACUUUGCAAAAGAGCUACUUGGUGCUGGACACUCUGUCACCAUUCUCACUGUUGGUGAUGAAAGCUCAGAUAAGAUGAAGAAACCUCCUUUUAACAGAUUCUCAGAAAUUGUGAGUGCUGGAGGCAGUACAGUAUGGGGAAAUCCUGCAGAUGUAGGGAGUGUUGUAGGAGGGGAAGCAUUUGAUGUGGUUUUGGACAACAAUGGCAAGGAUCUUGAGUCUGUGAGGCCAGUGAUUGAUUGGGCCAAGAGUGCUGGUGCUAAGCAAUUCUUGUUCAUCAGUAGUGCUGGAAUCUACAAAACGACAGAUGAACCUCCCCAUGUUGAAGGGGAUGCUGUCAAAGCAGAUGCUGGUCAUGUUGGAGUUGAGAAAUACAUUGAAGAAACUUUUGACAGUUGGGCAGUAUUCAGGCCUCAGUAUAUGACAGGGUCUGGAAACAACAAAGACUGUGAGGAGUGGUUCUUUGACAGGAUUGUUCGGGACAGACCUGUGCUAAUUCCUGGUUCAGGAUUGCAACUCACUAACAUAUCUCAUGUUAAAGACUUGUCUUCAAUGUUGACUCUAGCUGUUGAGAACCCGGAUGCUGCAAAUCAUAGCAUUUUCAACUGUGUGAGUGACCGUGCGGUGACUCUAAAUGGAAUAGCUAAACUAUGCGCUCAAGCUGCAGGACGCCCUGUUAAUAUUGUGCAUUAUGAUCCAAAAGCUAUUGGAAUUGAUGCAAAGAAAGCCUUCCCUUUCCGUAAUGUGCACUUCUAUGCUGAACCUAGAGCAGCCAAAACUAAAUUGGGAUGGAGUUCAACCACAAACCUACCUGAGGACCUAAAAGAACGGUUUGAGGAGUACAUAAAGAUUGGGAGAGACAAGAAGCCAAUCAAAUUUGAGCUAGAUGAUAAGAUAUUAGAGGCCUUGAAAGUUCCAGUGUCUGUCUAAUCCAUUCAUAUCCAAAAUGUAAAAUGAUCAGACAAGAUUUGUAUGAUUUCUUGUUACAUGAUUUAAAUGAGAUGCAUUAAUAAAUUUACUUCUU